AGCUCAUCCAAGUUGAUUAACAAUAUGGAAAAUCCCCCACCUCACCUCCGCGACUCCGAUCCCCAACAAGAACAGCCUCAACAGUUUUUCCAGGAGCACGAUCCGAAUCGUAAUCCUGGUAUUCUACUUCCAUCCGCACCCCUCCUGCAGCCGCUUCAUCAUGUUCAUACAACCGAGAAUCCCCAGCCGCAGCAGCAGCAUCCCCUCCACCCGCCACAACACCUACAACAUCAAAUCCCUGCUGGUAUAGUGGUACCCAACAGCAGCAACAUCGACAUGGGCAUGAUCCCCGCCGGUGCUUCCUCCCCGCCGGACGCGAGGCAGGUUCUCAACCUCGCAAAGGGUUUGAAGCGCAUCGGGAAGCAGUCGCUCUCGCAGGAGGACUUCGAAGCGCUGGGCGCGUCGCCCAAAACGUUGGAAGAGGUGCUGCAGAAAUUACACGACAAUGCGGACAACGUGGCAAAAGUGAAAUCCAGUCCGACGUUUCAGAAUUGGAAGAUGCUAGAGAUGCAGGCGAAAAUGGAAAAAUCGUUGCAGCAUGUCGACGAGCAGAGUCAACGACAACAAGCCCGAGGAGCCGGUUUGGUUUCAUCUUCUUCGGUGAGCAACAAUCCGUUGAGUGGGAAUUUCAACAACGCAGCUGGAGGUGCAGGUUCAGCAAAAGGAACAGCUCCUCUUCUAGUCGGACAGCAAAAUCUGCUCGUCGCAGCGGCAGCAGGAGGAGUAGUUCCGAACUUUCUUUCGCAGCCGGACUCUCCCACGGAUUUGCUGAAUAGCUUCAUGAACACGCAGUACCACUUUUUUCCGAAACAAGGCGUGCGGAUGAACGAGGAUCUUUUGAACGCGACGAGCAACAGCUGUAACCCAGACGCAAUCGUUUCUCAUUACGAUCCAACGGAUGGAAGAUGUGCAAGGAUCGUCGAGAGCAUGAGCGGCAGCGCAAUAGUACAAAUAACCGCUGGAAAAAGUGAGGACGUGAGGACCAAAUCAUCUACGUCUUGCAAUUUUGGGUAUAACUUUGCUGCGCUCGCCCUCGCUGCGUCGACCACGACCGGCGCAGUCGUGGCUGCUCCGGAGCUUAUCGUCGAGGAAGAGUUUGACAGAAACUACUUGCACAGCACACUGCUGUACCGGGAGGACGAAGAGCCACGCUUUCAAGGUGGCGCCUUCAGCGCUGCGAACAGUGCAUCUAAUUUUGCGCUGAAAAACAUUCCCGGCUCGGUUCCUGCGCACCGCGAAGCGAAAGGUGCUCCUCGUCUACCCCCCGUUCUGUCGAUGGAGCGUGUGCAGAAGACGAUCAGUGGAGGUCUGGUGAGUGGGAGUAGACCUACGGGUAAAAAGGCAAAAGCCAAGUUGGCGGGGGAGGGAAAAACCCCAGUUGGGAUGAACAUGGUCGACAACAUGGCAAACACAACUACAAAUUCAAGCAGCGUCAGCACUGAAGUCGUCGUGUUUUUCCCCGGGCAGUGGUUUCUAUGUGACUUGCGAAACGAUCUCUCCAUGCGGGAGUGGUUUUGCGAACAAACUUUGUUGCAGCAAGCAGAAGCGUCUGUGUCAAAGAACUCAGCACCCAGCGGCCCAGCUAAAAGUCCUCCAACUUCAGCUGGUGCGAAAAAGGUUUUAGUCUGCGAGAACGCGAAGGCGUUUUCCACCUUUCUCCAGCGCGACUGUGGGUUUGCAGCCGAAGUCGUCAACCAAAUCGCCUUUCUCGAACCCAGAAUCGCGCACUACAUGCUUGAUCCGGAAGAUCCGCCGGUGAAAAACCAGCACGAACUGUCUCUACAAUACGGGCUCGAGAAGCUGAAAAUACGGCCAAGUACACAAAAACUGCACGAACCUGCCGAUGUCGAACAGCGUGCCCAUCCGCACAGUAAUACAGGAACGGCUGAUCAGCACGAACAGCCGAAGCUAGAUAACCUCCGAAAAAAAGCGGCAUGGGAUGUGGAGAAUUUCGAACGGCGAUUAUUGAGAAGCGGAGCUGCAAGAUUCUCUGACGGCGCGGAGAGCAGCUGCAAAGGGAGGAGUGUUAAACUACGUGAAGAUGAUCACCCGAAUUUUACCAUCCCAGACUACCAUCGCUUACCCCUGACCCUUCUCGAAACGCUCACCACGGCUGUGCAUUCCUUCACCCUUCUGUUCCACCACCUGUACCCGGCACUGGCCGAGCACAACCUGGUGCACGCGUUCGAGAACCAGAUGAUGCCGUUUCACACGACGCUCGCUAUUUUGGAAAAAACCGGUAUGCCCUUCGACCCGAAAUGGAACACUUAUUUUCAAAUCGUCUACAAAACCGCGGCGAUCCAGGAGCGCGCAAAGGAGCUGGUGGGCCGAAGAGUUAACCUCGCUUCCUCCGAGGACUGCGGCCGCGCGCUGUUCGAAGAUUUGCAGGUGAAACUCCCCGCGCAGAGCGUGAUCAAGCGGAGCAAGGUUGUGUUUCGGAAAAAGAACGGGAAAAUUUCCUACCGGAGCUCCCGGGAAGUGAUGAGCGCAGUCUUGCUGGAAGAGGAGCAGAGGCUGAAGGCGUUGCGGGCGAAAGAUGACGAAAUAGUACCGCCGGAUAAGGUGUUGAACUCCUCGGCGGCCGUGGCAGGCAAAGAUGGAACACGACGAGCCGUCGACACGAUGAACAAAAUGGACGUGGAUGUUGAACUAGUACAAGCAAAGGAUGAGGUGCUGCAAAAGGAACCACACGAUGAAGGCACAACAAAAGCAGGAGCCGUAGCAUCAUUGCGCGGCCGAGGUGGAGCUGCUGCACAAGGUAUUUUGAACCAGCGGCAGCUAGAAUCUUCCGCGUCAACCUCGGACGAAGACGACGACUCCGAUUAUGAAGACCACGGUGGCUCCGACGCCGAUAGCGAGGAUGCUUGCGACUCUGACGUCAAUGGGGCUGAGAACGGCAGCGGCGCGGGUGGUGUGACAAAUGCGGCGAAAGAAGAGUCAACCAAUUAUACUGCGCCGAACAAGUUGAUACGGCCGGACCAGCCCCAGUUUGAAUUGAUUGAUCACAUCAGCGAGUACCGGCACUUGGCCCAUGUUAUGAUGAAGUUCGAGAAGCUACGGAGGUGCUGUGUGAAAGCUGGCAUGGAUGACUUCUUUGCACGUCCACGUGUAGUGCCAAAAAUGGCGCAGACAAGGACGAACGAGGUGGAAGAGGGCGUCGGCCGCGCGAAUGAUCACGUUCAGAUGAAUCUAACUCUGCCUAUCGCGCCCGCAGCUGUACAACCUCCCGCACAAGGACAACUACAAGAUCAGCAAGCGCUUUCCUCUGGUGCUGCGCCCGCCCUCGUCGUGCAACAUGAUGUGCUUGCAAAUGGUCAAGAGCGUGAAGAUAUAGUGGAUCAGCAGCCUCGUCCUCAUGCAGGACCUGCUCCAACCGCCGAUGAAUUUUCCCUUGUGAAAACGCAGUUUAGUUUCACUUCCACCGGGCGAAUAGUCGUCACCAAUGGCGGACCGCAACUUCUUUGCGUGGACAAUCCCUUCGAGAUUGCCGACGUCUCGCGGCCGAGUUUCUUCGAGGAAAAGAUCAAAAAACUCCUCCAGCCCGUCCCGGUGCUGGUCGGGGUGGCGCAGGCGCUCCCGCCGAAUUGCCGCUACAGAAACGGGUACGCAAUAGAGGUGGUAGAGGAGAACGACCAGGAGGAGGAAGAUGAGUUUGAUUUCCCCGGGCAGCUGCUGGACUCGUCUUUCCAGAUGAGGACAAAUGCCAACGCUGUUCUUCCCGAAAACCUGAACUACAACACCGGGCUGCUCCAGGGUCCUCCGCCAGGCGCACCAGGACCAGGGAGUGGGCUUCAUCCAGCACCAGUCACCAGAAGAACAGAUUUGACCGUGAACGACAGCAAAAAAGCGGUUUGUCGGUACUGGCUCGAACGGGGCUGGAAUUGCUACGCGAACCGAGAUAUGAAUUGCAAAAAUGUCUGGGUCUGGAAGAAUGCAAGAUUUGUCAUGCUGAUCUGGCACGGCCCUUAAAUCUGUAUUGCGUGGCGAGCCUCUCUCGCAUGUCAUGCAAAAACACAGUUUCUCAUGCGGGAUACGAAGCACAGAAGCACGAAAAGACUUGUCAUGCUUGGCGGCGCAUUUUUACAGUGCAUUUGUUAUUGAGUGACUUGCAUCACAAGUUUCCAGACCCAGACAUUUUUGCAGUGCAUACGAGACUACGUCAAAUCCUUGAAACGGGUCAUGGUACAACUCGGCAACUUUCGGGGAAACACGCUAGACGAGUACUCACCGGCGUCCCCAGAAAAUUGCGACGUCGCGAAAGCGGAUAUUAGCUUUCUGCAACUUCAACAGCAAGGUGCAGCAGGACAAGGUGGAGCCAAGACUGGCACGGCAGGUGGUGAUGCGCAUCAAGGUCAAGGACAGAAGAGCAGCCACAAUAUGAGCAAAAGGAACCACAACGGCACAACUCGUCGGCACUAUCUUUCUUACCCAUCCGACCAAGUCUGGCGGUCGCAGGCACCGGUCUUUUGCUACAAGACUGGAGCGAAUGAGGCCGCAGACGACGACGUGGAAAGGAAAAACAAGCUCACCGUGAACUUGCGGGAGUGCUUCCGGUUUUUUCCGGCGCAGAAGAAGCUUCUAGUGUCCAUCGACUACUGCCAGUUGGAAGUGCGGCUUUUGGCGUUCUACUCCCGAGACCCGAAGUUGCAGCAACACUUUCUGGUAAACUCGAAAAUCUCGUCCCAGUCACAAAGUAAUAAACUCUCGCUCUCGCAGUCGCAAAAGAGAACUAUUUGGGAAGUAGUAGAUCAUGGGACAAAUGCAAAUGUUCAGAAUGACCAUGCUAGAAAGGGCGCUUUCGCUUGUAUUUCGCAGCAAGACGUUCUCCCCGCACCUUCAGGAGCUGCUUCAUUUUCCGCGUCACAGUUUGUCGGACAAGGACCCGCGAGUUCUUCCCCUCCCUUGCCACCAGCGACGCCACAAAAGAUCGACUUGUUUCGCGCCAUCGCCGCGGACUGGCUGCAGAAGCCCAUCGCAGAAAUCGGUCCGGAAGAAAGAUCCGGGUGCAAGAAGAUCGUGUACGGGAUGAUUUACGGCAUGGGCGCGCGGAAGAUCUCGCAAGACUUGCAAAUCGACCUUCCGGAGGCCAAACGGUUGAUCGAGUCCUUUUUUCAGCAUUUCCCAAACGUGAAGAAGUUCAUUACGGACGUCAAAGAGGCCGUGCUGGACACGGAGUCGGUCACCACUCUGUACGGGCGAAAGCGCUUUUUCACGAAAACGUUGGAGAAGGUGAAGCGAGAAUUCGGCGGGUUGGGAACAGCAACGACGGGCUCUCGGUUCCAAGGUUUUCCCCACGGCGAGCAAAACGCAACCAACCAGCAGCCACAGCGAGAAAUUGUUGUGAAUCCGGCGGUUGGUACAACCAGUCCCUACCUGUCCUUCAAGCAGAAACAGGAGCGCAACCAGCUGGUCGGAAAGGUGCAACGGCAGGCGGUGAACACGCUGUGCCAAGCGUCCGCUGCCGAUCUCAUGAUGCAGGCGAUGCUGAACUUGUAUCAGGAAGGGAUUGUGAGUAGCGAGUUUUGUGCUUUUCAAGACGAAGGUGGAGCAGGAACUACAGCAGAUCAUCGACAUGAUGAGUCCUCACACAGGAGGAUAUUGUGGAACAACCACCUUAGAAGUAGUAGGCCUGGUCAACCUCAGCAUGGUCCGUGCCACCUCUUGCUGCAAAUCCACGACGAGCUGCUUUUCUCGAUCGACGAGGACGCGUUGCCGACUCUGCUGCCGAAAAUUGUGGAGGCGAUGACGCGCCCGGGCUUGGACAUCUACCCCAUCCCCUUGGAAGUCAAGUGUCGUGUCGGAAAGGACUGGGGAAAUUUGAACGAGAUCCAGAUUUGAUACAUACUUAGUUUUGUCCAUCAUCUUGCCUGGUGGUCACGUGGUCUUCUCGUCGUGCUGAUCGUGUCGGCUUGGAACACUAACUUUCGACGUAGUAGACUAAAAGUGCACCACAGGAUUUGUGAUACACUCGCGGAGACGAGGGAGAUAUUCAGUAGAAGACGGUUCCU